UUCGAUACUCCGCACGUUCUUACAGUGGUCCAGCAAAGUAAAUAAGUACACGAAAUUGGAGUGGGUGGUCAGUGAGAGUGAUAAGAUCGCACAGUAAUCGAUGGCAACUUCAAUUCCGAAUCGUCUACUUUUCAUCGACGGCAAAUGGACGGAGCCCAUCCGAAAAAAUCGCAUUCCCAUCGUUAAUCCAGUCACUGAAGAGAUAAUUGGACAUAUUCCAGCGGCUACAGCGGAAGAUGUGGAUAUAGCGGUGGAAGCUGCCCAAACUGCACUUUCCCGAAAUGGAGGCAAAGAUUGGGCUUCAGCUACGGGGGCACAUCGUGCCAACUAUUUACGUGCCAUUGCUGCGAAGAUUACAGAAAGAAAAUCAGAAUUAGCAAAACUUGAAGCAAUCGAUUCUGGGAAACCAUUGGAAGAAGCGGCUUGGGAUAUUGAUGAUGUUGCUGGAUGUUUUCAAUAUCAUGCUGAGCUUGCUGAGGCUUUGGAUUCAAAGCAAAAGACUCCAAUUUCUCUUCCAAUGGAGGCAUUUAAGUGUCAUGUUUUGAGAGAACCCCUUGGGGUUAUUGGGUUGAUUACCCCAUGGAAUUACCCUCUAUUAAUGGCCACAUGGAAAGUAGCCCCUGCUCUGGCUGCUGGUUGCACUGCUGUACUUAAGCCGUCGGAAUUAGCGUCAAUUACUUGUUUGGAGUUAGGUGAAGUGUGUAAAGAGGUAGGCCUUCCACCAGGCGUUCUCAAUAUUCUGACAGGACUUGGGCCGGAAGCUGGUGCUUCUUUGGCAUCUCAUCCUCAUGUUGACAAGAUAGCAUUUACUGGGAGUAGUGCUACAGGUAUCAAAAUUAUGACUGCUGCAGCUCAACUUGUCAAGCCAGUAACACUUGAACUUGGUGGAAAAAGCCCAAUUGUUGUGUUUGAGGACGUUGAUCUCGAUAAAGCUGCUGAGUGGUCUCUGUUUGGUUGUUUUUGGACAAAUGGUCAGAUUUGCAGUGCCACUUCUCGACUUCUUGUGCAUGAAAGCAUUGCAUCUGAAUUCUUUGACAAGCUUGUAAAUUGGUGCAAGAACAUCAAAAUUUCUGACCCAUUGGAGGAAGGAUGCAGGCUUGGUCCUGUGGUUAGUAGUGGACAGUAUGAGAAAGUAAUGAAGUUCAUCUCAAAAGCCAAGGAUGAAGGUGCCACCAUCUUGUGUGGGGGUGAACGCCCUCAGCAUUUAAAGAAGGGCUACUUUGUUGAACCUACCAUAAUAACAGGCAUAAAAACUUCCAUGCAAAUUUGGAGAGAGGAGGUAUUUGGACCAGUUCUUUGUGUUAAAACAUUCUCAACUGAAAAUGAAGCCAUUGAACUAGCAAAUGACACCCAUUAUGGUUUGGCUGCUGCUGUGUUAUCACGAGAUCUGGAAAGGUGUGAGCGGAUGACAAAGGCCUUUCAGGCAGGGGUCGUUUGGGUCAACUGCUCGCAGCCAUGCUUCUCUCAAGCUCCUUGGGGAGGCAAAAAGCGUAGUGGUUUUGGGCGAGAACUGGGAGAAUGGGGACUCGACAACUAUUUGAAUGUGAAACAAGUGACACAAUAUGUAUCUGAUGAUCCAUGGGGCUGGUAUAAGUCCCCUUCCAAUCUAUGAAAACUUCUGGAUCUAGAAGUGCGAAUUGAGAAUCUGGUGAUCUUCAUCUAUUUUGAGAAGGACGUCGAACUAUUUACUGAUGGCGGCAUUGAGAUUGCAUAAACUUGUAAACUGUGAUCAGUUUUCUCAAAUGAUUACUGUAGCCUACUCCGGAGACGAAAAAUAUAACAGUCUCAAAUAAAAGUGAAUUUUAUUUUCUUUGCAUCGCACUUCCAUCUUCUACACCCGCUGGUCAGUAGUGAACUCGCAUUACAAAGCUGUUUUAUUUUGAAUUUGACAGGGCUCCCACUGUUCCCAGCAAGGAUUCCAUUCUUGUGUUUAUUUAUGUGGUGUUUGUAUAUUACACAUGAUGCUUAUUCGUGUAUUCCAAGCAGAUCUGAAUAUGUUUAUGAAAUGAGCGUAUCUUCUCUAUGGAUUAAA